AUGAAGGUGCUAAUAGGGUUGUGUAUUUUGUGUGUUGGCGUAAAUGCGCUGGGCUACCACAGGAGUGUGGGGAUCCCAGCGGCUGCUGAGAUCCGUCUGCGGGAGUCCAUGCGAGUUGCCGGCGGACUCCCGUCUUAUCUUGGGGAGCAUCCAUUUCUAGCAGGCUUGGUGAUCACAUUAACGUCUGGAUACACGUCAGUAUGCAGUGGUGCACUGAUCAGUCACACACGAGUACUGACUGCGGCCCAGUGUGCCUGGGAUGGGGCACUGAAGGCUCAAGAGAUCACUGUGGUGUUGGGCUCCAUCACUCUGUUCACUGGCGGCAAACGGCAGUCAGCUAGCUACACUCUACACCCGCAAUACAAUCCUACUGCCGCUGGCUUCCAGAGACUCCAACAUGACAUCGCCGUCUUAACAACAUCCUAUGUCAGCUUCUCUUACUACAUCAACACCGUGCCGCUUCCAACUGGAAUGAAUGAUACGUUUGUGGGCAGGAAAUCUGAAGUCAUCGGCUUCGGGAAAACCGGGGAAUACAACCCGAUAGUGAAUAACCAAGCUCUACGCGACGUCUACGUUCCAGUAAUUAGCAACUCGAAGUGCAACGAAUAUUUCUGGUACUUGUUGAGUGACGCACAACUUUGUACCAAUGGUACGGGCGGGCGCGGGCCUUGCGGCGGCGACGGUGGCGCCCCCCUUAUUCUCCGCUACUACUCAGGGAGCUCGGAUUUAUUGAUCGGGCUGGUGUCCUUCAGUCAUGUCAAAGGCUGCCAGUCGGGGAACCCGUCAGGAUAUACCCGGAUAUCAUCCUACAUGAGCUGGAUAGAAACAUUCCUUUAA